GGAGUUGGCGGGGAGCGUCCCGCCUUGCCCUGAAGCGCUCGAUCCUUCCAAUUGGCUGCGACUGGCAGGGAGUGGAUUCCCAUUGGCUGCUGCCUGCCGCGCCUCGCCUGGGAAACUGAAAGGAUCUGAACUCCUCUGUGUUGCUGGAGGCGGCGAGUCCGGCGUUUACCUGGAGCACCGGAGCUGCAUCCUAGAACCUCUGGUGUUGGCGGGGAGAGAGAGAAAAAUAUGGAAGGCCUGCCUGAUGUUGCUUCUUUUUCAAGUCGACUCAAAAACACUCUUAUUCAGUACCAUAAUAUUGAAGAUGACAAUUGGCGAGUUGCAAAAAAAACGAAAGAUGUAACAGUUUGGAGAAAACCUUCAGAAGAAUUUAAUGGGUAUCUCUAUAAAGCUCAAGGUGUUAUAGAUGACAUUGUCAAUAGUGUAAUAGACCAUAUACGCCCAGGGCCCUGUCGCUUGGAUUGGGACCGUUUAAUGACUUCAUUGGAUAUUUUGGAGCACUUUGAAGAGAAUUGUUGUGUGAUGCGUUAUACUACUGCUGGUCAGCUUUGGAAUAUAAUUUCCCCAAGAGAGUUUGUUGAUUUCUCUUACACUGUGGGCUAUAAAGACGGACUUUUAUCCUGUGGAAUAAGUCUUGACUGGAGUGAAAAGAGACCUGAAUUUGUUCGUGGAUAUAAUCAUCCCUGUGGUUGGUUUUGUGUUCCACUCAAAGACAAUCCAAACCAAAGUCUUUUGACAGGCUAUAUUCAGACAGAUCUAUGUGGAAUGAUUCCUCAGUCUGCGGUGGAUACUGCCAUGGCAAGCACUUUAACCAACUUCUACAGUGAUUUACGGAAAGCCUUACAAAAGGCAUAAUAUGUUCAAACUUGCAGUACUGUGACCCCUGACUCUGCUCUUUCCCUCCUGCUGCAAGUCCUCUAAAGAUCAUCUAUUUUUCUCUUCUGCAGAACCUGUAGAAACAUUUGGGAUGUUUUUUGUAGCGUAAUGUUUUAUUUUAUUCCUAAAUUAAAUUUCUGUAUAAAAGAGAUUAUUGUUAUUAUUACAUAAUAUUAAUAAUGUAAUAAUUGGUAAUAAUAAUUAAUAAUCAUUGCAUAUUAUUAUUAUUACAUUUUCAUUUGUCCAUUGUUUGGUAUGAUAGUGUGUCUAGUAAUGGAGAGUGUGACAGAAAUGCAUAAAGAAGUAAGUACAGUUCUUUGGCUUAGACUGUUCACAUAAAUUGAAUAGUGCCUCAGUGUGAAUAUUUUGAUUGCUUAGAAAUUAGAUGAAGCACAAACUUCAUGUUUUCAUACUAUUUAAGAGCUUUAUGAACAUUUAUAGAAUUUUAAUUUUUUUGAAGGUAAAUGUUAGUCUUUUCCUUUUGGUGUUUUCUAUUAGUUUGCCAAUGUCUUGAACAAAAGAAAAUAAAGCCUUUCUUUAUAUUUUAUAAGAUAGACUUCAUUGUCAAUUGAACUUGCACUACUUUAAGUAUUAAAGAGACCAAAAAUGAGAAAAGAAUAGUAACUGCAGAUAUAAUUCAAAUAUAAUUUAGUUUUGAUAUCUAGUUAACAUUCUUUUGUAAUAUCUUUAUUACAUUUGUGCAUUUGUUUUGGGAGUCUGAGAGCAUUUAUGCGUGAAUGUGAUAAUGCAAAACAAUUGCCAAAUAUGUGUUGGGUAUACUACACUGAUUGAGCAAUAGUCCGGGUUGUGUGAAAUGGCUGGUGGUAUCUAGUAAUCAUCAACAGAGUCAUCUCUAGGAAAUCAGGAUCAGUGAAUGUACAUGUUUCAAUUUUAGAAGUAUUACUCAACUCAAAGCACUAUAAACUGCAACAUAAACAUGUAAACAUUCACAACUCUGAUAUCACUUUUGUCUAAAACUAUAACAAAUAUAUUCAUAGACACAGACAUUUUGUAUUGAUUAGAAUGAACUAUUAUAGGUCCUUUGUUUCUAUGGCUGUCUUAAGUCAUCAUUCUUUAAUGAUUUUUUUUUUAUUUCAAAUGAUUCUUUGGCUGUUGAACUAUCCACCUAGUUUACUUUUAAGUUGAGAACCUGAGCCCACUCUAUGUGUCUUUGUAAAUCUUGUAUGUAUAUAUAGGUUUGUGUACGUGUACAUGUAUUGAAAUCUCAAUGUUCAAUGUCAAUUCUUAAUAUGCUACUAUUACUAUUUCUAUUAUUUCAUUUCUUUUUCCUUUUUUUGGUGGGAGGUGGGGGGACAUAAUAUGGGAUAAAGUGAGCCCUGGAAAUAAUUACAUGCAGGCAGGCCGCAGAAAAGCACAAAAGUAUAUAGUGGUUCAGGUGCAUGAAGCCUUGAUCUUUGUUUAACUUUAGAAAUUUAUAAGCAGCUAUUAGGUGAUAUUUUAGAUUAUUUUAGAUCUGCUGAGCUCCAGCUGCGUACUGCUUAUUAAAAAACAGCUUAUUGAGAUAAAGUUGCAUAAUCUACAGUUUAUCCAUGUUAAGUCUAUAAUUGAAUAAUUUAAAAAAAUAUAUUUAUAGAGUUAUGCAGCUAAAACUAGAUUCCAGUUUUAGAACAUUUCCAUCACUCCAAAAAAUCCUUUUUGUCAGUUUGCAGACUCAUAUCUAACCUAAGUUUACUAUAGUUGCCAGUAUAAAGAAGAUGAUGAAAAUGAUUAUAAUAGGUCAUUUUUGGUCUUGUUUUUAAGAGUGCAAGUGUGUGUGAUUUAAACUCAGGAACCUUGUGAUAAUAUAGUAGACAUGUUAUCUCUAAUGUCAUAAUUUAAUGUAGGAUUGAUAUUAACGUAUAAUUGAGUAUGCUGUUUGUAUAAGGAGUGCCGUAGGAUAGAAAAAUAAUCUAAGCCAUGUAUGUAAUUUUAAAAUUUUCUAGCAGCCACAUUAAAAAAUAAAAAUAAGCAGAUGAAAAUAAUUUUAAUAAUAUAUUUUAUUUAACUCAAUAUAUCCAAAAUAUUCUUAUUUCAACAUGUAGUCAAUGUAAAAAAAUUAUUGAGAUAGUUUAUAUUCUUCUGUACUAAUUACUCGAAAUCUAGAAGUGUGUUUUGCUGAUUGGGACUAGCCAUAUUUUAAGUGCUGCUUAGCCACAUGUCAGUGAUUACUGUAAUAUUUAUUAUUCAGCAUAGUUCUGUACUGUAUUUAUUCAUUUGUUUUGCUACAAGGUGAAGUAGAUAAUUUCAUGAAAUUACUUUCUCAAGUAGAAGUCUUCUGUAGUCUCUAUAGUCUUCAAUACUUGCUAAAUAGGAUAUCUGAGUUUUAUAAAUAAAUCAAUAAAAUAAAAUUAUUGAGUGACCCCAUGCUUUGGGCCUCUAGUAAGGUGCCACAUUAUUGGAGGCAUGUGGUACAGCAAACUUCUUACUUUAUGUGGUUCAGUAGUAGAGCAGUGUUUGCCCACAUCUGAGGUACUGGGUUCAAUUCUCAGCACCACAUAAAAACAAAUAAAUAAAAUAAAGGUAUUGUGUUCAUCCACAACUAAAAAAAAAAAAAAAAAUAGUGAGCCCAAAUAUUUUCCUUUAAAGAUAAAUAACUUUUGAUAAGGCAAUUGUGGAAGUGAAAAAACAUAAUCUGCCUUUUAUAUGUGGUUGAUUGUUUUCUGUACUUUAUAGUUAGUAUGUUCUAGAAACUUGUAUAUAUAGAAAAUAGUCAACAUAGUACUGUUUUCAGCACAUAGUGGCUAUUUUUUAAGGAAAUUAAUUUCAUACAGUAAGAAGUAAUUUGUCAUAAAUGACACUUUUGCAUGAAAUACUGGUUUGUGUUGAUAACUCUUAAUUAGUCCUGGAUGUUUAAAACAAUACUCAGCAAAAAUAAUUACAGGAAUUUGAUGUUCUGUGUCAAUCUAUAAUUUAAACUGCCAGAGUAGGAGAGAUUGUAAGUUAGGAAUCUCUUCAUCUCAAUGUUCCUUGAGAUUGGAUGUAUUUGAAAUUGAUUUCCAUAUGUAAAAUGGAGAUUUUAGUUUCUUUUUCCUCCUCUGCUCCUAACUGAAGGACAUUUUAUCAGUACUCAGGUUGAAUUAAAUUAACAUAUGAAGCUAAAAACUCUGUAAUUGAGGUUGCCUCUGAAGAAGAUAGGAAAGCCCUUAAUUGUAUAUUGAACUUUUAGCUCAGAAAUUUGAUGUAGAUAGCAGUUUUACCUCUUUACUCAGCAUACUAGCAUCCUUAGUAUCAGAUGUUAAAUCCAGUUUCUUUUUAUUAAGUGGAUACUGUAGCUUUCUCAACUCAAUAUUUAAAUUAACAAAGGAGCUAAGGGAAAUUUGGACUUUGUCAGAUUUCCAUUAGCACCUGUAUUGUAUAAUUACUAGUCCAUUGUAUCUCCAUGCCUUUCUUGUUUUCUUUUUUCUGUGCGAGCGAUCAGAUCAGGGCCUCAUGCAUGCUAGGCAAGUGCUCUACUAUUGAGCCACAUUGCCAGUCCUCAGUUUAUCUCACUGCAUUUCUGGAAAUAGGGCAUAAUAGGAUUGGAGCAUAGAAGAAAUAUUAGAUUCAUUCAAAAGCACAGAAAGUUGGAAUUAUAAUUUCUUCAUUAUUGUGUUGCUUCUAAGUGUUUUACAUAUGUAGCUGAAUAUUAAAAUUUUAUCUUUUACAAUUCAAGAAAAGGUGUAUUCUAUAUAGAUAUAGAGUUUAUAAUUAUUUUAUGAAGCAGUUUAUAAAAUAAUAGCAGCAUUAUUAGUAUGAAUAAAAUGCAUACUUAUUUUUUAAUUGCUAUGAAAUAUAUUAGAAUAAAAACUUGUAGACACAUUUGUAAUGAGUCAUUGAUCUUGUCUGAGUAAGUUUCUUUAACCUUAAAUAAUGACUAAAUAUUUAGUUUUAUAUAUCUAGAUUUAAAGUACAUAAUUUAACUUCAUAAACAGUUACAAGUGAAAUAUAUAAACCUGGAAAAUAAAGUUAACAACACAUAGGAUAAUCUCCCACUAACCUCAUAUAUGUUAGCCACAAUACUGCUGCUUCCAUGGUGCUGAAUCUUUGCUAUACUGUAUUAGCUUUCCAUUACUAUUAUAAAAUACCAGAUGAAAUUAAUUUGAGAAAAAGUUUACUUUGCCUCACAGUUCUGGAGCUUCCAAUCCAGAAGCAAGUGACCCCAUGCUUUGGGCCUCUGGUAGGGUGCCACAUUAUUAUGGAGGCAUGUGGUACAGCAAACUUUUUACUUUAUGAGCCCUGAAAUGAAGAGAAAGAAAGAAAUCAAGGUUCCCCGUCCCUUGCAAGGGCAUGUUCCCAGUGACCUGUGGAACUUCCAUUGCCACCUCAGACUAUUACUACCCUAGGAUCAAGCCUUUAACACAAGGGCCUUUUGGGGGCAUUCAGCAUCCAAACUAUAGUAGUUAAUAUAUACUUAGAUAGAAUGUAUUCUGCCUUCAUUGCAAUAACAUAUGGUCAGAGUUUAUCAUGCAUGUGUUCAAAUAAUAUACUAAGUUGAUUAGAAACUAUGGAUAAUUUCAUUUAGAAUUGAAAAAAGCUGUAAAUAAUUAUAAGGACACCCAUGAUUCAUAUUAUAAAAAAGCAAUUAGGGAUGUGUGUAAUUGGAAAUAUGAUUAUCAAGUGGCUUAAACAAAUGGAAAGUUAUUUUCCUCAUUUAAUAAUAAUAAUAAUAAUAAUAAUAAAAACCCUGGUACUAUCAUCAGAAUGUUUGUGUUCUCCCUGUACAUUCGUAUAAUGAAAUCCUAACCCCCAAGGUGAUGGCUCUAGGAGGUGGGGCUCUGGGAGGUAACUAGGUCACCCUCAUGAAUGUAUUUAGUACCCCUAUAAAAGGCCCAAAUGAGAUCCUCACUCCUUCUGCCAUGUGAGGACACAGUGAGAAGGCACUCUGAGGAAGUUGGCCCUUACCAGGUCCCAAAUGUCAAAGCACCUUGAUCUUGAAAGUCCUCCAAAAAUGCCAGAGAUAAAUUUGUUUACCAAUCACCUAGUUUAUGGUAUUUUGUUAUAGCCCCUGGAAUAGGCUAAGACAUCUGGGUAUAGGUAAUUUGUCAAUGUUUCUCAGCUCAAGGUUGUCAGACUCAGUGUUUCCACAGUCGUCUUGAUCUUUCCCUUGUAAUUAUAAGAUAACUGGCUGGUCCUGGAAAUACAGGUGCAGUCAAGAUGCAGGGGAAGGAAGGGCAUCUCUCAGCUUCAUCUAUCUUAUCAGAAAAGUAUGACCUUUUUUCUAAAAGCCUCCAGUAGCUUUUAUUCCUGCUGGUCUGGAUCACACAACUAUGCAUAACUGUAAUGGUGACUGGGAACAAGCACAAGGGCUCCUAGCUUCUGGGAGAGGCAGCUGACCAUAACUGGAGAGUCAACCAUACCAUCACCCACUGGAUCAAUUUUGGGAAGUGUGUGUAAAGCUCCUGUAGAUGUUGUGUAGAAAAUGAUGGACCCUUAAUGUAGAAAUGAAAAAAUAGUAAUUUGUUUUCUUCAAAAAACAUUUUGAGCCCCUUUUAAUGACAGAUGCUACAUGGCUAUUUCUAAUUGAUGUAAUGAGGUGAUGGAAUUUUCCCUUGUAGGUUGUUUGGGUUGUUUGUUGAUAAUUGAUGUCACAUGGCAUCCAAUGUGAAUGAUCUGUGUUUGUAUUGUUGCCCUGUUUCUUUACUUUGGACUAAAGGGUUCAUAUGGAAGGCCUUCAUAGUCAAGCAAGGACAGAAAAUGCUGAAAAAUGAACUGCAAAUAUAUCCCAGGAGAUACCGAGGGUGGGUCCAUACUACUUGUGUUAUAAGUUGUACGUGAUUAGAGAAGUGCAGAAUUCUGUGAUAAAAAUAUGGAGGAAGCAGAGGGUUUAUGUUCCAAAAUAGGCUUUUAUUCAUUCAUAUUCUUUUCCAGAAGCUUUACCUUCCUACUUGUGUGUGUGUGUGUUUUUUUUUUUUUUUUUAAAGUCCAGGGCAGCUGACUUUUGAUUAAAGGAAGGAAAUAGUCUAGAGAUUGCACAAAACCAGAUUGAAGUAAAAAUAAGGCAGAUUUCAUAUAUCAAAAAUUGAUUAAUUGAUGGGAGACCAUUUCCCUCAGUUCCUGAAAUUGAGAGGUCUUUGUUUAGAAUAAAAAUGUCUUCUCAACAAAACCAAGAUUUUGGACCUAAUGGUGGUGAAUAUAUCAAGAUGUAAUUCUGAGUUUAUUGUUAUUGAGAAAAGAAAAAUAAUUGAGGCUAGAUUAUUAUGCAUCUGUCAUAAUUGUAGAGAUUAUGCAAAAAUGUGUAUGAUGUCAUGACUGGUUGAUGUAAAAAGGUCUACAAUAUGAUUACAAAUUUGUAAGAAAAGUAAACUAAUACUAGAGAAAAAGAUGAUGAUUGUUUUUGGAAAACAUGGUAAUUUUCUACUCUUCUAUAUUUUCAAAUUUUUAUAAUGAAUUAUCAGUUUUUAUUUGAAUUGCUACCAUUGUUUCUAGUAAAUUGACUUCCCAAUACUGAGAGAAUUGGAUGAAUAAAUAGUCUGUUUCUUCUUAGUCACUGUAAACUUAUGAAGCCAUUAUGUUUCUGGAUAUGAUAUCUAUUUAAAUAAAAUGAGCCUGUUGUAUUAAAUAA